CAGCAGCACGACCAAAGAAGAAUAAAAAAUGUUCGCCAAAUUUUUGUGUGUGAGUCUUCUCGUCGUGUACGUGCAAGCUCAAGGACACGGCAGUUCGUACUUUACCUACGGUCAUGGGUUGGACGGUGGUCUUUCUCUGGACGCUUCUUCGCUGGGUUUAGGAGGUUACGGUUCUUUGGAUCUUGGUAGCCAUCACCAGAGUGGCUCUUCGUAUGUUUCUCAAAGUCAAAGUUCUGUGGGUGGAUCUGGGGGAAGUCAUGGGUACCACCACGAAGAACCACAUGCUCAUCCUAAGUACUCGUUCAAAUACGGAGUUGAAGAUAAACACACCGGUGAUAUUAAACAACAGGAGGAGACUAGGGAUGGGGAUGUCGUCAAAGGUUCUUACUCCCUUCAUGAACCCGAUGGUACCAUUUUGACCGUUCACUACACCGCUGAUAAGCACAGCGGGUUCAAUGCUGUGGUUCAUAGGGAAGGACAUGCCACUCAUCCCCAACAUUCUUCCCAUCAUUAA